AUGCCAAAGCGAGGUACCAUCGCCGUGGAAGAGGCUAUCAUUACGCCAUCAACAAAAUGGCUCCUCGAAGAAACCUUUUCAAUUCUCAACCCUGGCGACAGCAGCAACAAGGCUCUCGAAGCGCACGCUGCAAAGCUGCUUGACAUUCACGACACGCGCCUCGCGACCAUGGAUGCGGAAGGUGUCGAAUACAUGCUCUUGUCAUUGACCGCACCAGGAUGCCAGGGCAUAACGGACCCUAAACUUGCAGAGAAAACAGCCAAAGAAGCCAAUGACUGGCUGGCAAGCGAGGUCGCGAAAAGGCCAGAGAGAUUCGGCGGUCUCGCAGCUCUCUCGAUGCAUGACCCCGAAGAAGCGGCGCAAGAGCUUGAAAGAGCUGUCAAAAAACUGGGAUUCUUUGGUGGACUCGUGAAUGAUUAUCAGAGCGUCGAGGGAGGAUCAGGACGAGAGUACUUUGACACCGCCAAGUAUGAUCCGUUCUGGAAGAAGGUUGAAGAGCUGGAUGUUCCGAUUUAUUUGCAUCCGAGAUACGUGUCGAUCAAAGACCUUCAGCCUGGAUCGCUGUAUGGAGAUCGGCCUCAUCUUCAAGGUGCAGCUGUCCAGUUCCAUCUGGAUCUUUCAUACCAUAUCUACGCGCUUUGCUCGUCUGUUUUUGACAGAUUCUCAGGCGCCAAGGUUGUCGCUGGGCAUUUGGGAGAGAACAUCCCUCUCAAUCUCUGGAGAGCCAGCCACUGGUACAACAAGCCAAGCAAAAAGGCCACGCGCCCGUCAAAGGAGGACUAUAAUUACUACUUCAAGCACAAUGUCUACAUCACGACUUCAGGAAACUUCUUCACUCCCGGCCUGAAGCUCUGCAUCGAGACAAUUGGACUCGACAGAUGCAUGUACUCUAUAGAUACUCCGUAUGAUGAUAUUGAGGAAGCGCAGGCGUGGUGGAGGGCUGUGGACUUGGAUGCUGACGCGAAAGAGCAAGUUGGAAGGACUAACGCUAUAAAGUUGUUCAAACUUCCGUUGGAGUACUGA